CACCAUCAUAUUUUUGUUCGAGCAAUAGAGCGUCGUGUUGCAAUUUUGUCGGCUUUUGUCGAGUUUUAUGACAUGCUAGCGGGCUGUAUGUGGACUGCUGCUGCAGUAGUCUGACAGGGUCACUUGGGCGACUGGCAGUGCGACGGGCAGGAAGCAAAUGAUUUCUCUUAUAAACUGGCAAUGGGACUCGGGGUUCCUGCGGAUUCUCCGCUGGGCAGGAAAUUAGCGCGCGAAAAAAAUGAUCCAUCCAGUGCCAGGAAAAUAUGGUGAGUCAUAUAUUUUGGUCUUGCGGCUAGAAGACGACAAAAAAAGAAACAAUACGCAUUACAAUGUACACCAAAGAUGGCAAUAUGACCACGCAGUUCUUAUUGUGCUUUUGUCUAAUUAACAAGGAUUAAUUACAAAAGAUUUUAUGUUUUUAUUCUGGGCAAUACUGUUAUGGACUGUUGAGUAAUUUAGGUAGUUUCAUGUUGUUGGGCUACAUUUUCUUCCUCUACAACACGAAACUGUCUUAAUUACCCCAGUUAACUUCGUCGUAAAGCCGGGCGGACAUUCUAACGCAUAGUGUACUAUAUAAACAGUUUAAUCUACAUUGAAAUGUUUACUUGGAGUUUAUAAUAUCAUUCUUUAUACCGAACAGCUUUGUACAUAACUUUAACAUGUGACCUGCAGUGCAUGCAUGAGCUAAUUUGGUUGCUCUGUCUUUUUUUGGCAAAUGUGCUGAGAUCUAUCACCGGUAAUUUGAUGAAAAUGUAUUUAACUAAUAAACUUGAAAUAACCAAACGCUUCUAACACGUGCGAGAGGGACAGUGGACUUGAAAAUUACUAAAAGCUCACCUCUACACGGAAAUUAAAGGGGCGACAAGGCCUCGGUUAUGACCACUGCAGUCUUACUCGGUCCGCUUAAGCAACAGCGACCUCAGCGGCGCGCCAGCAGAGUACCGGCUGCUUCCGGCGGCGCAAUAGACUAAACACAAAGACAGGAGAGGGCCUUUGUGGCGAUGUUUAGAUCAGACCAACAGCCUGUUAUCUGGAGUAAAAGAAGUAAAUAGCCCCUGUGGUAAACUCGGUCCCUGUUUCAACACCCACCUUCAGUUUACAACCGCAGAACUAUUGCUUGUUUCCAGCUCUUAGAUUUAAAGAAAGAAAGAAAAAAAAGCGACGAUUACAGCACAUGGCGUGUUGUCCACAGAAAAAUAUUUCAACGUUCAGUAGUUUCACAAACUGAACUAAAAACAAUAAACAACACUGGUGAACGCAAUCGUACAUGUCAUACGUGUACAUAUUUAUUUAGUUAUUUUUAGGUAUGUAUCUAUGCAUGCAUAUAGACUAUAUAUAUAUAAAAGAAUAUUUAUUGCAAGGUCUCGUAUUUCAUGAAAAAAUAACUGUGAAUUACUGUGUAUUUAUAUGCAUUCAUUUUGUCUGUAAUUAAAUAUGCAUUUGAAAUGCUUUUUAUCUUUAUCUCCGAUGUUACUAUUUUAUUUAAUUUCUCUCAUUUAUAUAAAUAGUAACUCUUAGGCUAUCAACUGUUCGGUUUUAUACUGGAACGGAAAUUACUGAAACUGAAAAGGACAAAUAAUUAAAAUAAUGUUGCUUUCUUAUCACAAAUACUAAACGCGUUAUGAGCAGGUCCUCUCUAGAAAUGCAUUAGUCACGUCUCACGAUGUUUCCUCAUUAAAGCAUGCAGUAAAACUUUAUUAUUAUUACUAUUAUUGGGCAUAAGGUUUAAACUUACAUAACAUCAGCGCACUACAAUUUAAGAAAAAAAAUCGGCUAGCAUCUUUUAUUUAAACAAAAAGCUAAAUGGGGGCUGACGUUUGUUAUUAUUUAAUUAUUAGUAUCCCAUAACAUACGGAAAUGCUGUAUUUAAAAAAUAGAAACAGCUGAUUUUUGUUUUCUUAGCAAAACUUUAUUUUAUUAUUGCCCAUUUUCAUGUGGAUUUUUCAAUCAUGCCCAAUUUGUCUGCAGUCAGUUCAGUAUACAGGUAGAAUGACGCUUACCAGUAACACAAAUAUUGUUUAUGUUAUAAAAAAUACGUUUUAACGCUUUAUAAUACUAUUACUAUUAACAGUAUGCAUUCAGAAUUAAAAAGUAUUGAUUUCUCAUUACUAGUAUUAUUCACAUCAUUUUAUUUGAAUUUAAUCUAACAGCUAAUGUAACCGUAAUCGCUAUAUUCUGUCGAUCUUAAAGUUAAUAGAAUUAUUAAUAGAAACGUCAUGCAGUUAUAAUAUAAUUUAAAUAAUUACAAGUAGAUGCACGUUUGCAACAUUGCGAAAUGACCAUUACAUUAGUCUUCUAAUUCGCUCGCAAAUGAAAUCAUAUUGCCAAUAUUAUUUCAGUUAUUUAUUGCUUUAUUUAAUUAAUUUCUUCUCUUUUUUAACUGCAGUGUUUCAUGAUUUGUGAAAGGUGGGAUAUGGGUCUUAUUUUGCUCUUUACUUCUUGGAUUGAACUCGGACCGUCAGGAACGGGAACAUUUUAAGCGUUAGAUCGUUGGGGCGCCCAGAUUUGUUCGUUCAUGCGAAUUGGUAGCUAUCGAGGUUGAUUUAAAAAAUUAAUCGCAAAUUCAAAAAUUUAAUGUGUGCGUUUUUACUCUCACCUUCAAUUAAUCCAAACAAUGCCAAUUCACUCGGUUUAAUAAAGCAUAUAGUAAAAACAAGUCCUUUUUGCAUUUGUAUUACCAGUUCAGUGAUAAUUAGUCAUUAUUUUUGAGCUGUAGUUUGUAAUAUUGAUUGAAUAUUAUCCAGCAUAAGCGCUUAAAAUCCAUAUAUAUUCAUCACACACACAGACAGAAAAUACUCUGAUCGAAUGAUUAAUGCAGACUAGAAUCAGUUUCUCACGAAGCCCCCUGUACUCCAGCUUUAUUUUGUCUUGGCCAUAGUCACGACCAGCUUUACUGUACGUAUUAAAUAAUAUAUCUUUGCAUAAAAACACAAGGCCUUGUUAUAAAGCGUUAAAACGGAAAACAGUCACCGCUUAAUAGCGAGCGGACUGAUUUAUUUUUUAUUGUUCUGCCUCGGGAUCACGUGCGCUUGUCACCCAAUCGAAUGGCAAGGAACGUUCAACUUAUUAGCCGACUGUAGUUCUUUGUGAGGCCAAGUUGCUACUUGAUUUCUACAGAUUAUUUUUCUCAAGAUAGUACAGUGUACUUGUGGGCGUGUUUAUGUGUGUGUGUGUUUACGAAUGUGCGUUUGCAAUGUCGACAUCAGGGACACUUAAUAGUUACUACGUAGACUCUCUCAUUCUCUCUGAAAGCGAGGAUCUUUUUGCCGCGAGAUACCCCGGUUCAGGGCUUCAGCAUGCAAGACAAACUCCGGUCACCGAACAUGCAGAGUUCGGUUCUUGCACUUUCCAGACGAAACCGUCGGUUUUCUGUUCAUCCUGGAGCCCAGUGCCCGCCCAGUUUCCAAACGGAAUGCCCAGUAUGUGUCACCCGCACACACAUUCUCAGGGCACGGGGGAGUCGGAUGGAAGGUACAUGCAAUCCUGGGUGCUAGAACCCAUUUCUGGAUCCUUGCCUUUCAAUGGAUUACCGUCCAACCAACACAGUGCUAUCAAACCUGAGAAUGUGGGGGUCAGAGAUGACAGUACAAUUCUGGGUUCGCAUACGCUGCUUUUGCCCGAUUUUGCAAAGGGGUCCUCCCCUGGGCAAAAGGAUCGGUUCUUAAGCCAGAUUUCAUACUCUGAGCCCAAUGAAGAGAAUAUGUCCGUGGAUAAACCAGACGCGAACCCAAAUAAUCCGGUUUCCAACUGGCUUCACGCGAGUUCUACGAGAAAAAAACGCUGUCCUUACUCUAAGCACCAAAUUCUCGAGCUGGAGAAAGAGUUUCUUUUUAACAUGUACCUCACCAGAGACCGUAGAUACGAAGUGGCAAGACUCCUCAAUCUGACUGAAAGACAAGUUAAAAUCUGGUUCCAGAACAGGAGAAUGAAGAUGAAGAAAUUCAAUAAGGAUGGACCGAAAGACGACUGAAAUAAUUCGCUGUGAAAUUAUAUGUGUUGGAGAUAUUUACAUUUUAACAAAUUCUACAUUCACAUAUAGUCUAUUGCUAUAUAUCAUCAGGUCACACGACGAAAAUGAUGUCCGCACGUUUGACUCAAUUGAUGGAUUUAAUCUCUAUUUGUCCCUCCUAUAAACUACCUUGUAUUGCACAAACUAAUGGUCUGUAGAAGGCACUGUGUUCAUUUUGUUGCGGUGGUGUAGAUCGUCCGGCCUAGCUCGCUGUCAUAUUUGAGGCUUUUAAUACGCACAGUGUUUAUUUGUGAGUGUCUGUCGAAUUAUGUAUUAGAUUUGUUUAGUUGUUAAUCUACAUUUCCGUUUGGCCGUGGCCUCGUUGUCGAUGCUAUUAAUUUGUUGACUGAAGUGUAUGAUUUCUACACAAAUGCAUUAUAACAUAGUGUAACGUUGGCGACGCCAUGUAAUGCUAACACUGAAUUAGGUGCAUGACCUAAAAUGCGUAUCUUGCUAAAUGGAAAACACGUCUAAAACUUUGUUAAUGUAUUGACUACCUAUAUGCCUCGCAACUACCUAUAGUUAGGAAUUUUUAAACAUUAUUACAAACACACCAGGUACUAAAAAUAUCUUCGAACCUAAAAGAGAAUAUAAAACACUGAUGAAUACCUCAUGUCCCGAGAUAGCAAGCAUUUCGUUCCCUAGAUGUAAUUUGGAUGUGGAGUAACAAGUAAAAAAUAAAUAACGCUGUAAUUUGACACUUAUGUCUCUUAAUAAAUAUUUAUGCAAAAACA